GCUCAGUCACUUCAUCAACCCAGUUAAAAAGUGUGGUGGUUUCCUGCAUUAGAACAGACACCUGAGCCGUGGUAGACAGGAUUCACUGAGCUCUGUACGUUUGCACGGGUCUGACAUGGCUGCACCUUUGCUGUUGGUUGCCAUCCUGCUCAGUGGGCCUGCCCUCACCUGCCAAUGCACCAAUGAUCUUUUCCAGAUUGAGAAACCGUUCUGUGGCUGGGAAUGCAUAACGUUUGCCCUGAUGUGGCCUGGAGCGUUCUGUGUGGGCCUGAAGAAGUCACUGGAAUGCAAUAUACCACAAUACAUCCAGAGCUGGACCAUCCAUGGACUGUGGCCCAUGUAUCAAGGAACCUGCUGCAGAUGCUGGCCGAUUUUCCCAUCAGACCUUGAGGAACUUGAGCCUGAAAUCUCUCAUCUGUGGCCAACCCUGCUGAAGACCACAUCCAACUUCACUUUUUGGAAGAACGAAUGGAUCAAGCACGGAUCUUGUGCAGCCUGCGUGGAGGGUAUGAACUCCCCGACCAGAUACUUUCAGCGCACACUCAAACUACGAGGACACUUUGAUAUCGACCGAGCUUUGAUGGAUGCAGGCAUCAAACCUUCCUGUAACAAAACUUACCAGUUUGAAGACCUCCACUCCGCCCUGGCCCCCAUUAUAGGUGACAAAUACGAGAUCCAGUGUCUGAAGGACGAUGAGGGUCGAGAACUACUGAUCCAGGUGAAGAUCAGCCUGUUCAGGAACUUCACCCUGGGGUGUCACAAAACUCCCCAAGCGGAGCCGACCGAUGCCCGAACGGCCUGGAAAUCCUCCGAGGGGCACCCCUGCCCCAAGGACACCCCUGUGUUCUACUUUCCCAUUAGUUAUGAGCACCCCCAUGACCCCUGUGACUGAGGGCACUCCCGCCCCAGUGGAGGCCCUGCAUACAGAAUACUGCAGAUAGCAGGCUCGCUCUGAAGGGUGUGUCUCCAAGCUGGCAGUGGAUGGGUAUGAUUAUGAUGUCAAGAUUCUCAGACUGUAGACCAAUUUGAGGACAACUCAAUAUACAACCAAUACUGUGCACCAUUAACUUUUCAAACAAAAAAUAUGUAUCCUACAAUUUAUGCGACUGAGAAAUGUGUGUUUAUAUAAUAAAAUAACCUUAUAUCUCUUAAAA